UUGAGUGACAUUUUCGGAACGAAUUACCGCGUACCACAUACGGCUAAAUCAAUUACAAUUAUAUUAGCGCCAAAUACACAUUUCCGCUUGGAAAGGGAUUUAUUCGUGAAUAAUUCACGCAUGAAUAGAUUCAGUAUUUUUGGUUCACAUCGAGAUGGCGAACAAGUGGAAAUCACAACAGGCGCUUUUCCAGGUGGUGAUGGCAUCAUUGGACCCUAUCCAGAAAUUUUGAUGCAGGAUGUGUUUUCGGUGGUGGUGCGAGAGCGAGCAUUUUUAGGCAAUAAAAAAUUCACUGUGCGCAAUAGCAACGACUUGAUUUUAUACUCGAAUGCUUUCAAGAGAGCCGAAAUCAACGGACGAUUUGUGGGUGUAGCCGAUUUGCGUAUAGAGGAGAAAGCUUUUAAUUCAGCAAAUGCAACGCUACACAUCGAGAAUUCGCACAUCGACAACAUCUACCGCUUUGAAGCAUCCCUGCGUGAGAUUAAGUUCAGCAAUUGCAGCAUUGGCACCAUCAAUAGCGGCUCUUUCGAUGUCAAUACUAUAAAUUUUAUUGCUUUCGUAAAUAGUCGCAUCGAUGUUAUUAAAUCGCGGGCUAUUACCGAAAAGUUGUUUAGCAUGCAUUUGUCCAUCACUGAAAGCGUUAUCGGCUACAUCGAAGGCGAGGCCAUACAUGGCAGCGGCAUAAACGAGCUGAUUUUUCGAAAUAACCAAAUCGAUACCAUUCACGAAAACGCCAUACAUGUAAACGCCAUCAAUGCAACCAUUACCGACAAUCGCAUCAAACAUCUCGGCCAGAAUUGGUUACGCGUCAAGGAGUGGUCUAAUAUUGUAAUUGAGAAAAAUAUUUUCGGUGACUUCGGUGGCAUUAUACUGGAGGAGACAAAGAAACCCGGCAUUUGCCGUUUCGAAAAUAACUCGCUCACAAAACUCAAGCCGGGUGGUUUGAAUAUAACAAAUCGUCAUUGUAUAAUGCGUGAGAUCUCCGUCAAUUCACCGUGUCGCUGCAAUCGAGAUUGGCUGGCCAAUCUGUCCGAUCGCGAUUUGCGCUCCGAAAUCUACUGUACAAUCGAUACGAAAUUGGGUGCUUGCUUCAAUGCUACCACCUUUAAUAUGCUAAAGUACGAGAAUGAAGUGUGCGAUGAGACGAAGACAACUGUUGAUUGUGGCGCUAAUCGCAACCUCAAGAAGGUGGACGGCAAAUUCUUUACACUCGAAGAGCUCGAGCGCCAAGAUUCGCAACUGCUGAUAUAUAUCUACCUCAGUGCAGCCAUAAUUUUGGCUGUCGUCGUUGUCAUUAUACUAGUGCUGGUGUUGCGCUGCCUGUGUCGUCAGAAAAAUGGCAGCGCUGGUGGAAUGAUGUCCUCCAAUCAUCAUCGCCAUGAGUUUACACAAAACGAACGACACAUCAUUGAACGCGCCCUACAACUCAUCCAGAAGCGAUAUCCACACAUUCACGCACGCGUAGAACGUUUAUGCCAGGAGCUGCUGCAAACCAAUCGUACAGAGAAGCAAUGCAUACGAACUGUUACGAAAAUCGAGAAUUUAUUGAGUAAAAUUGAACGCUCGGAAGACCUGAAUGCCUUCUGCAGCGUAUUGGCACAGCACUUGCAACCGCAAACGCAAUCGCUUCAACGUACGCUGGAAGCAGUCUACAGCACGGGUAGCUUCGAGCAAGUGCAACGCGAGAAUUACGAUGGACCUCUGUAUGCGGUGGGCUGUAUAGAUACAUCACACACUGUUGUCAGCAUGGAGGCGGCGAGGAUUGAAAGAGAGCGCGAGCGUGAACGCGAACGCGAAAUAGAACGAGAGCGAGAACGCGUAAAUAACGCAAUGAAUGGUCGCAAUGACGACGCGACCAAUGUGCCCAAUGAACCAUUCUACGAAGAGCUGGGUCAACCAUUGCUGCCUGAUUACGCAUCACCUGCGGAUCGCCGUGAAUAUGCUUCGCCGCUUGAUCAUACGACGGGUCUAGGCACCGAAUUGGAAUAUGCCGAACCUAUUAAUAAUCGAGCCGACUACGCUCAACGCUUGCCACCUUAUGCGCCACCACAUCCACCACCAACAAAACCGUCCAUGAUUAUGCCUACCGCAGCGCCACGCGCACAUCUUCCGCCCACUAAUAAAAAAAAUAAAAAUAAUAAUAAUAACAACAACAACAGCCCACAUCCAUUUUACCUUCUUGCACAUAAAGCAAGUCCGACAUUCGCGUCCAGCAUUGUUGGCGAUAAUAGACCAGCACUGCCGCCAUCAAAUGUCAAACGCAUGGCGCAUGAACUACAAAAUAUGCCAAAUUUUCACCUGCCUAAUGCUGCGCAGCGUACACUUAAUAAACAUUUGGUCGCACCGCCAGUCUACACAGCGCCCGAUGUUAGUCACAAGCGACCAAUGCCUACACCUGCGUCCACUUUUGCACGCCUAGCGACACCCGAAGUGGAUGAGAGUGAAUUUGAUAUGCGCGGGGCUGUUGCAUUGCCACCCGAUACGGGUUCAGAUCAUUCGGGUGGUAGUAAUGAGACUGUGAAGAUCGAUGAUGUUAUAUUGUAUGCCGAUGCAUGAGGAAUGCGGAAUGCGGAAAGGGGGGGUGAAUGAGUUGGAUGGGAAUGAAAUGAUAAGAAAAUGUAUAACUAUCAUCUAUGUAUGCAUACGAGUUGGCAUCCGAAAAGUAUGCUUAAGUGAACUGUAGUAUAUCAAAGAGUGCAAACAUUUUGUGUUUAGUGUCGAUUUACAAAGGUGUUUCCUUAGCAUACUUUCUUGAUUUGUGUUAACUCCUUGCAGUCAGACAAAGCUGUUUAAAUUAGUUGUGAAAAUGCCGUAUGCUUUUUGUUGAAUGUUUUUAUUAAAUGAACCAAUUUUCUGUAGUCACAUAGUAUUAAGAUUACUAGUUUAAGAAAAGCUAAAUGAAUGUAUGGGUAUAUGUGUGUGUACGACUUUAUAGAUUAACGGCGCUAUUCCCACGCCAAUGACUCAUCGCAUGACUAAUGUUUUGACUAUUGCGCCUAAACUUAGGCGACGAAUAUAAAAAUUAGAGAAAUUCUCGAAUUCUUGCAAAGCCCUCGAACGGUGCGCGGAUUGCUAAACUUUGCAAAAUUUCGAGAAUCUCCCUAUUUGACAAUUGUUAUUGAGAGCGCUUGAAAUACAGUUGCGACAUAGUUUUAGGCGCAGUAAUUAAAGCAAUACUCAUGCGAUGAGUUUUGGCAUUGGCGUGUGUAUGGGGCUGAGAGAAUCUAAUCCAAUGCAAAAUAGAAAAGUUCAUGUUUUCAAAACCAAUUUUGAAAUAGAUUUAUGAUUCAAACAAAAAAAAACAUAUUUUUCGCGGCUGAAAGUUAUCAGAAUCCUAAAGUAAUAUAUGUAAUAAUUUUAUAUAAUAAAAUGACUUCACAUUGUAUCUCUGCGCUUUCCUAUGUAUUUGUCAAACGUGGUUUUAUCGCUGAAAUGUGGCAACAGCGAUUUUUAAAGUCACAAUAAACUAUCACAAAAUUUGUUGGCAUAUAUUCCGGUUACUUGACUCUCCUUAAUAUGAUUUGAACGGAUAUUGGUAAGGUGCUUAUUAUAAGUGUACGACACUGGAAUGUUGAAAAGUUUUGAGUAUUUAUUUUUUUACUUUUUAAUUAUACUUAUUUCUUAAUUAAAAUAUAGUUCAUUCUAUAAAUCUGUCUGCAGCUCGCAUGACAAACGAAAAAUUCAUAUAAAAUUACGCACAAGAAAUGGCAAGCAAAGUUUCUGCUACCGAAAUUUCUUCAAUCAAAUCUAAAGCAACAUCACACUAACUUUUCAAGCAACAGAAAUUAUGAAAAAAAAAUUCUUGUUAAUUUUCUUGAGAAUUGCAGACAGCCCUUAUAAGAAAAAUCACAUAAAUCUAUGUUUCAAACUUUGUAAAAUAAAUUAGAAAAAUCAACAAAUUUUAACACUUUUUAUU